AUGGAAAAGCUAAGCGAGGAACCAACCCCGAUUACCCAACAGGAUUUCGCCAUUGGAAUGGGCCCGGCAUACACCGCUGGAAAAUAUUCUUGUCGUCUUGUCGGUGCUGGGAAUGAGAAGAAGCUCGCAUUUAUGCGUAUCUACAAACAGAUUCCUCUGAUCGACACUGAAAAUGAAAACUGGACGGUCCGCAAGAAACAGGCCUGCGGGCCACGCAACCACCCAGAGCUGGGUGCUCUGAAGCGUUUUACAGAGAAUGGCUGCACUGCUACCCCCAGACUCCUUGGGUAUGAAAUCGGCAAGCAAGACAAGAUGGACCUUGUCCCUGGCGGGUAUAUCAUAUACCUUGUAUGGGAAAAAGUCACAGGAGAUUCUCUUGAUAUUGAGCAGUUCUGGAUGUAUCCGUCCACCAAACGACAGAAAAUUCGGAAAAACUUCAAGAAGGCCUAUAACCAGGUUCUAAGCUUCAAGUACCAGCCAAUCUUUCAGACCCCAACAAAAAUCAUCGUCGACUCCAAUGAUAAUGUGUAUGUUCUACUCUAUCUCUUACAAUCCCAAGCUAAUAACACGCAGCAAAAUCUCCGGUUUCGGCCGGGCUUUCCCAUCCCCCCAAGGAUGGAGAGACGACUACUUCGUGAUGUUUUCCUAGUCCUGGCGCCCCCCAGUGACGAUGAGGACCUUCCCGCCUUGGCGGAUGAUGUCAAAUCUGGGCCAAAUGGCUGGAAGUGGUGA